AUUGGAUGGAGUAUGCAGUUGCCUGCUGGUCUGUGAUUUAGCAAUCCAAUCAGUUCCAUAAGCACAUCCAAUCAGUCCCAGGAUCAAGGAUCUUUUUAGAGAAGCCAGCAAAAUGAACAGGAUUCUACUGCUGGUGGCCUGCGCCGUUGGCCUUGUGGCUGCUGGAAGGAUUUCCGUGAAUCCCCAACGGAUUCAGGAUCGCAUGUCCCAGGAGGACUUGCAACGCCAGAAAUUCAUUCUGGACAUUGUCCGGAACAUCCGCCAGCCCCUGCAGCAGAACGAGCUCAUCCAGCUGGACCAAGGACUGAUAGUGGACAGCCAGAGGUACCGCGGCGGCAUCGAUGAGGACAUGCAGGAGGUGAUCGAUCUGGACAGGCAGCGUCGCCUCCUGGAUGAGCACCAGGUGUACUCGGUGGCCCAGCCCGAGGAUGUGCAACAGCUGCGCGGCAUCUACCGUCUCCUUGUCCGCGCCCAGGACUUUGACACCCUCAGCCGGAACGUGGUCUACCUGCGCCGCAACAUCAACCCCGUGCUCCUGGUCAACGCCUUGGCCCUGGCCAUCCGGGAUCGUGAAGACACCCAGAACCUGAUUAUGCCCGCCGUCCAGGAGCUGUUACCCGAGCUGUACUUGAAUGAGCAGGUGAUCCAGGGAGUGCGUGGACAGAGCCAGCGUCCUUCUCUGAUGGACAUUGUCAAUGUGCGCCAGCGCGCCAUGAACCCCAUCAUGAGCAUCCUCAUGCCCUGGCGGGAUUUGCACAUGCAGAUGGCCCUUAUCAAGCAGCAGCAGGCUCUGAGGAACCGCCAGACCAAUCUCGGCCAGAAGCGAGUGGUGGUCAGUGCUGAGACCGCGGGACAGAUCGAGGGUACCUCGCUUCUCACCGACGACAUUGCCCUGCGAAACUUUGUGCAGAAUCUCAUCCAGGAGCUGGCCAUGCAGGAGCAGACCCAGGACCAGAGGGAGGAGCAAGUGCAGCGACUGCGCGACCAGGAUCAAUGGAUCAGCCGCAUUGGACAGCAGGACAGGGAACUAGUUCAGAACAUGGACACCAGCCGUCUGCUGCGUGUGAACCGUCGUCGCCUCCAGGAGCAACAGCAACAGGAGCAGGACGAGACCAUGAUGGGCAACCAGCGUGAUCGUUUCGAGCGCAUCCUGCGACGUGAUGAGGACCGCGACGAUGACAUCCGCAUGGGACGCGUCCAGCUGGAGCGUGACAUCGGCCAGGGAGGCAUUCGCAUGGGAGGAGUCCGUGGAUUGCCCACUUCCAGUGUGAACAGCGGCCGUCUUCUCCACAUCAACCGUCGUCGUCUUCAGGAGCAGGAACAGGAUCAGGAGCAGGAGCAGGUUCAGCCACGUUGGAGGGGACUUGUGCGAGGAGACCGCCUCAGCGAGGGACGUCGUGUUGGCCAGGAGCAGGAGGAUGAGGAGCAGAUGCGUCAGACCAGAUGGCAGAUGAGACGUCAGAAGCAGCAAGGCCAGCGCCGACAGGACGAAGACGAGGACGAGAUGAUGCAGAGGCAGUGGCAGGGACGCAGUCGCCAACUGGGCCAGCAGGGCCAGGAACGCCUUGUUGACCAGCUGGAGAGUGUGAGCCGCGAUGAUGAGCGACUGGUCCACAUUAACCGACGUCGCCUCAACCAGGACACGGAGCAACAGCAGCAAAGGAUCAUUCCCCGCAGAAUCAACUCCAUCGGCGAGGGUCGUCGUGUUCUCGGCGGACGCCUGAUUCAGGACGAGGACAUCCUUAAGCUCAUCCGCAGCGACAACCGCCUCGCCUUGAUGAGCGAUGACGAGAUCCUGGAGAUGCUCAAGAGGAACCGCGAGCAGCGUCAGAGGAACGAGGAUGAUGAUGAUAACAACAACGAUGAUGAUGAGGAUGUCGAUGAUAUCAGGGAGCGCAGGACUGGAAUUCGUAGCCGUCGCAGCCUCCAGACCUCUCUCCGCCGCCGCCAGGACACCCGCCGCAAUGAGAUCCUCCUGCACACUCUCCGCCAGCUGGUGGCCCGCCUCAACCAGGAGAACAUCGCCCAGGGUCAGAUGCAGGAGCAGCAGUCCCAGUGGAUCAACAAUCCCCGCCUGUCGCAGUCCGAGCGCUAUGCCCUCCGAAUGAACCAGAUCAGCAUCGACUCCGUCCGUGGCCGCGAAAUGCUGGAGAGGAUUGGCCGCAUUGAGCAGCGCCUCCAGAUGGCCAUUGGCCAGGUGUUGGACCAGAUGAACAUGAAUACUCUGAGGGGACAAGUCGAGGAGCAGCGCCAGGUUGAGUCUCUGAUGGCCGACGUUCUGUUGGGUCGCCUUGGCCAGGUUGGAAUCCUCGAUAUUGUGCGCCAGUUGGUGCAGGACAACAACCAACAAGUGGACCGCUCCGGACUGAGUGUGCGCCUCAGUGACCCUCUGGUGCAGCACGUGCUCCGCCGUAUUGUGAGGAUCGUGGACCGUCAGCGAGAGGAGAUCCUCGGCGCCUACCGCCAGGAGCAGCUGGAGAUGCGCGGCGUCACCAUCAACGAUGUGCGCGUGGACAAGCUUAGGACUCGCAUCGAGGAGCACGACAUGGACAUCAGCAACCUGGUCGAGGGCGAUCAAGUCAUUGUGGGUCGCCAGCGUCGUCUGAACAACCAGCCCUUCACCAUCGACAUGGACAUCAGCUCGGAACGCGACCAGGAUGCCAUCAUCCGUGUCUUCUUAGGACCCGGCCAGCAGCAGGACAGCCUCGAGGACCGUCGCCGUGACUUUGUGCUCCUGGAUUCCCAGAAUGUGCGCCUCCAGAUGGGACGCAACCGCAUCCAGCAGCGAUCCAUGGACAUUCUCUGGACCACCCGGGAUGUGACUCCCCUGGCCGAGAUCUACCGCCGCGUGAUGCUCCAACUGAGGGGCCAACAGGAACUGGGUGUUCAGGAACUGGUCGGUGAGAAUGGCCGCUUCCCACAGCAUCUGCUUCUGCCUCGUGGUCGCCCAGAAGGACUUCCUAUGCAGAUCCUGGUGGUGGUCUCCCCAGUUAUCGAGAUGGAGGAACGCAUGAUCGAGCCUGAAAUCAGCAUUGGCAUUGGCCAGGCUUCCCUGCAGGACAUCCGCCCUCUAGGCUAUCCUCUGGACCGUCGAAUCGUCAACGAGCAGGCACUGCUGCAGCUGCCCAAUAUCCAGCUCCAGGAUGUGGUCAUCGUCCAGGAGAACUAAGCCCCGAAAC